AUGCACAUUUCCGCACCCCGUCCCCGUGACCAGCCCGUCCGAGCAAGCACCAGCACCACCAGCACCACCAGCACCAUCACCACCAGCAGCAACAUGGCGACAGCAGCGCCCCUCCCCUACCACAACAAGAUCUUCACGUCGGCGUCCAACACGGCCAACGGCGAGGUCUCGUCGGCGACGCGCUUCCACUACCGCCAGGAGGGCAAGAUCGUGUGGGCCGAGUACGGCGGCGGGUCCAUCGUCAAGGGGUUCCUCAUCGCGACGGUGGCGGACGACGAGAGCCUCGACAUGCGAUACGAGCACGUCAACGUCGGCGGGGCGCUCAUGACGGGGCGGUGCCGCAGCGUGCCGGAGCGGCUGGCGGACGGGAGGCUGCGGAUGCACGAGACGUGGAGGUGGACGUCGGGGGAUGGGACGGCGGGGGAGAGCGUUGUGGAGGAGGUCAGGGAGUGA